AUGCCCCAGACGCCCUCUUCAAGUCAACCAAAUGGUAUAAACAAUUCCCACGUACAGAAUAGUGGAAGCCAAAGAGCUGGAACUGUCUCGAAGGAGGUUGUUUUGGAGAAAGCUAGCAAAGCUGAACUUCCACCUACAAUCCAGUCUGAUGUCAAGUCUUGGAUUAAACUCGCCCAGACGAUUGCUGUGACGUCUGCACUCUUCGCCGCAGUUCAAAUCUCUCUCAACCAGAUCAUCGAGUCGGCUGUCUUUGCUAGCGGCGGCAACCUGCAAGGCCAUUCUCUCUCUGUUUGGCGCGGGCUGCGCUGGUUCAUGUACAGCGCUGUGAUCCUCAACCUGGGAUGCGCUGGAUCUGCCGUUGCAGUCAUCAAUAUGGCUGCUUCACUCGAAUGUCGAAUCGGUGAACUACUCCUAGGGCACUGGCGUUUGGAAAGCGUCAACUCGUCUGAACGACGGAGACAUACUGCAUUGUACGACUGGGUCAUACACGAGAAUCCACUUUCUGAGGAACUGUUUGAAGGUCCUAGGAGUUUACGCAGGUUACAAGAAUUUGGGCUUGGAGAGCCGUUUUACUGGUUUUCGAAUGCGAUGCUCUGGGCGUUUAGCUGGGGAGGUAUUGUGAUUUUUGUCUCUUUUCUCUAUUGGGUCAUUUUGACGCAGGGAGCUGCUGCCUUUUCGAUGAUGAGUGUCGUGCUGCUCAGGCAGUCGUCUGGAUUGGUCAUAGUCGUCGUGUGGGAACACCUCGCCAUCAACCGCCGACUUGAUGAACUUCGACGAUGGAUGGACUGUGUCUGGGCGAGUGGUGACCAACACUUGGCAUAA